AGCCUGUUUUUCUGUCAGUCAGUGGCGAAGAUGCAUCGCGUUAAGGUGGUGUUGGGGCACCUCUCCGCCUCCAGCCAGGUUAAGGCCGGGCCUUGCCUGGGCUUUUCCUCCCGUCCGGCCUCGGCUCCCGACGACGUGGUGGUGGUCCACGGGAGGAGGACCCCCAUCGCCAAGGCCAAGCGGGGCGGCUUCAAGGAAACAACACCUGAUGAACUCCUUGCUGCAGUCAUGACAGCAGUCCUUAAAGACCUCAAUCUAAGCCCUGACAAACUGGAGGAUAUCUGUGUCGGAAAUGUUCUUCAACCUGGUGCUGGCGCUUUAACUGCAAGAGUUGGACAGUUUCUGAGUGGGAUUCCAGAGACUGUGCCCUUAUCAUGCGUUAACAGGCAGUGUUCAUCUGGGUUGCAAGCAGUGAUCAAUAUAGCUGGUGGCAUCAGGAACGGAUCUUAUGACAUUGGUUUGGCUUGUGGAGUGGAGAGCAUGUCCUUACGGAGUGCUUCGGAGCCUGGGGAUGUCAGCUCCCGUAUGAUGGACAAUGCCAAUGCCAGAGACUGUUUGAUCCCAAUGGGAAUAACCUCUGAAAAUGUGGCCGAAAGAUUUGGCGUCACCCGAGAAAAACAAGAUGCAUUUGCCCUAGUUUCUCAACAAAAAGCAGCUCGAGCCCAGCAGUUGGGGUUGUUCAAAAACGAGAUUGUUCCUGUGACGACCAAGUUCACCGACGACCAGGGAAAUGAGAAGACGAUCACGGUGCUCAAGGAUGAAGGGAUCAGGGCCGGCACCACGCUGGAGGGCUUGGCCAAGCUGAAGCCGGCCUUCAAGCAGGAUGGAACCACUACUGCUGGUAAUGCCAGCCAAGUCAGUGACGGAGCAGCUGCAGUUCUCCUGGCCAAACGCUCCAAAGCAUCGCAGUUGGGUCUCCCUGUUCUUGGGGUUUUGAGAUCGUAUGCUGUCGUUGGAGUCCCACCUGACGUCAUGGGCAUUGGGCCAGCCUACGCCAUUCCAGCAGCAUUGGAAAAAGCCGGGUUAACUGUUAAAGAUAUUGAUGUGUUUGAAAUCAACGAGGCCUUUGCCAGUCAGGCCGUCUACUGUGUGGAGAAGCUGGGCAUUCCUCUGGAGAAGGUCAACCCUCUUGGUGGCGCCAUUGCUCUGGGUCACCCCCUGGGCUGCACCGGGGCUCGGCAGGUGGUCACGCUGCUCAAUGAACUGAAGCGCAGGGGGAAAAGAGGCUAUGGCGUUGUGUCCAUGUGUAUCGGAACAGGGAUGGGAGCUGCUGCCGUGUUUGAAUACCCAGGGAAUUAAAUCCCCGUCUUCUCGGAACCAACCCAGUGUCUUAAUCCCUGGACUUCUCCAGCAAAUGUGAAUGGAACAGGAAUGGCUUCAGAUGCUAAACUGUCCUGCAUCUUGGAAACACCCAUGUCCAUCUUCUCAACCUUAUGCCAAUUCCAGCCCUUCAUUCAAACUUAGUCCCUGCCUCAACCUGAGCUGCUGGCUUCAGCUUUGGGCUCCAAGACAUGGCAUGCUUGCCACAAUGGAAUGGCUUGGAAAAAACUCUUUAAUACCAUGGAUCUUGUCCAAAGCAAGGCCAUGUUAGCAUCAGCUGGGUGGUGAUAUAUUUCGUCCAUGGGGUCCUUCAGAAGUCUCACAGACUGCUCCCCAAAGUAACUGAAAGUCCAGUUCAGAUUUGGAAAAUGCAAGCGUAUUUUGUUAUGCACUUAAACCACCUAGAUUUCCAGGACAAUGCACACUUUUUUCUUUGGCCAGAAAGGGCAGCACAUGGGCCAGGGCUACAUUUGGCUCAUUUCUUGUCCAAAAGAGACUAACCGUAUUGAGAAUGGAAAGUAAGGGCUAUUUUAGAUUAACUCAGGGCAAGAAGACGCACCAAGACGCACUAAAACACAUGGCAGAGGUUCUGGUAGGCUGCUUUGUGUAUAAAAUUAAAUUUUUGUGGGAAGUAGGGGUCACUGAGAAUUUGAUGUCUGCAUUCAAAAAUUUAUCUGAACAUGCUUCCAGAUAAGAAAAAAACUAGGAGCCGCUUAGUGGGGAAAAAGAUGCUAAUGAUUGUAUUUCUUUCUCCAAAAUUAGUCUUGUAAAGGAAAUUCAGAAAUCACACUGGGCAAGGCCUUUAAAAAUACACUACUGUUCACACAUAGAUACAAAAGGAGGCAAAAGUGGGACAGAUGUUUUUGUCAGUUAAGAGCAAAUGCAGUUGAACCCUUAAGGAUUAGCUCUGCUUUAGCCCCACACUUGUGCUUCAGAGCAGAUAUGUUGAAAAAUAAAACAAAACAUUCCAGCUAUGAGAAAGAAGGUCACAAGUGCUUUACUGCUUCAAUUAAGAUGCUGUACUGAUCAAAUUAAAACAUUUUAACUCCUUUUUUCUACUGUCAGUGGAUUAAACAAAAUUAAUUAUACCUUAGAAUAUCUGAAGGCACACUUCAAAUAAAAGGUUAUCUAAAUCA